AUGCUUGCCACCCGUCGCCUCCUACCAAAACUUGUAGCUGUCACAUCAUCUUCAACAGCCGCCACGUCUUCUUCUGGUUCUCAGAAGAGAAAAUACUUCACCCGUCAUGUCCCAGAACCAAAAAUGCAGAUUCACUUGCCGAAAUCGGAAGAUGUUACCGUGGAUUCCAUCGUUCUCAGUGACAACCAUCACGAUGAGAAGAAGCCAGUAGUUUUGAUGGUUGGAUGGGCAGGGGCGAAUCCGAAGCACAUUGAUAAAUAUAUCAAGAUUUAUAACGAUGAAGGAUACCGAGUUGUUUCGCUUUGCCCUCCAUGCUAUCACUACAGUAUUCCUAAUUCACGAGUUGGUUUUUAUAUAUCUCCGUUGUUCAGAGCUGUUGAUUCGAAGGCUGGAGAUUUUCGGUCAUUCUCUCAGUGUCCCAUAGUGAUCCACUCCUUUUCGAUGAAUGGUGUCCGUGGACUUAUUUCGUUCUGGAAAUGGACUGAAGCUGAAGAAAAACCAGAGCUGAGAGGCAGAAUUAAAGGAAUUAUUUUUGAUAGUGCCCCAUCUCGUCCCUACGGAAAGCAAGACGCCACAGCGAUGGUGAUUUCAACUCCUCCCAUCGACGCGCUUGAGCGUUGGAUAAGUGAGCAGACGAGAAUUUCGAUGCUCACUUGGUUUCUAAAUUUACGAGCGACAUUGCAAAUACCACUUCUGGCUGUCGUGCCGUUCCUCCGAUCAUUCAUGUCAAUUUACUAUUAUCUUCAAACACAUAUCACCCUUCCACGAGAUCAGUUAUAUUUAUAUUCAAAAGCCGACACAAUGAUUAAAGCGAAACACGUUGAGAAGUUCAUCAACAAGCAGAAGGAAAAAGGAAAUUCGGUAACAGCUAUCGAUUUCGUCGACUCCGACCACGUGGCACAUAUCCGGACGCAUCCUGAAGAAUACCGAUCAGCCUGCCUCAAUUUCGUUCGGCACAUAGAAGCGACGUUCCAAUGA